AUGACGGCUAAAGAAGAUUUAGUCGAGUCAACGGUGAGUAAUGGUCAACAAACAACAACAGAUACAAUUGAUCAGCAACAAACACCACCUGAUUAUCAAACUUCCAUAAAAAUUGAGAAUGAACCUGAAGAAGUCGAAGUUGAAAUUACUUACGAUGAACAUGGCGAACCAAAAUUUCCACUCGAUGAUCUAUUGAAACUUGAAGAACAAGUUGGCCGCGUACGAUGGAUUGUGCCUGUUCUACCUAGUGGUGAAUUAAUUAAAUGUUUACGAACUGCUGUUUGUCUUGCAAGAGAAAAGAUAGAUACGAAAAGUGAAUCAUGCCAACGAUUUAUUCGUGAUAGUUUAGUAACUUCAUUUACAAAAAUAUUUUGUGAUGAAGCUGUAGGAGGAUGGAAAAAUGAUAUAUAUAUUGCUAUUUAUAAUAAUGCUAUGUUAUUUAUUCAAUUAUGUGCAUUCAAAAUUGAUGAUGACUGUUUUCCAUUACUUGAUGUUUUAAGUUUUGUUAUGAAUCCAACAGGACGUUAUCAUCAAGCUAAUCAUAAUCGAACAAGUUUAUAUCAUCUUAAGAAUGACAGUGAACCAUUUGCUGCAACAAUGGAAUAUCGUUUUCCCCAAAGAGGUUGGCUUGUAGAUUUUAUAAAUAAAUUUGGAGAACUAGGUGGCUUUGAUAAAAUUCUCAAUCGUUUCACCUCAAGCGAAACUAAACUAACGAUAUCAGUUGUUAUUGCACUACUCAAACCUUGGGGUCUCUGUUAUGAAUACUUAACACAAUCAACAAUAGAAAAGUAUUUCGCACGUAUUAUUGAAUUUGUACCACUAUUUCUUAAUCAAUUGACAGAAAAUGACUUUAAAGUUGAAGUAAAAACUGAAUCAAAAAAUGAUUCCUUAUCAGCAGUCAUCAAAUGGCUUCGUCAUCUUGCAUCACGUUUACCGGAUAGUGAUAGAGCAUGUCGAGAUUUAGAUGAACUUCGUCUUAAAAUGAUUUUACGGCUUCUACAAACAAAUUCAUUCAGCGGUAAAAUGAAUGCACUUAAUGAAGUUCAUAAGCUUCUUCCAAGUCUUACUCCAAUACAUCGUUCAACAUUGAGUCGCCCGGAUGAUAAUGAAGGUUUAACACCAGAAAAAUUCAUUCAAUGGAUUCAAGAACAUCAAAUUCUCGAUAUUGUCCUACGCGAUUGUUUGCAUCAACCACAAUAUGUUGAAAAAUUAGAACGAAUCCUUCGUUUUAUGAUUAAAGAACAAGCAUUAAGUCGAAAUGAUUUAGCAAAAAUUUGGAAUGCAUCUUGCGGAAAACAUGAAGCUAUUGAAAAAAAUGUCCAUGAUUUGCUUGCAAAAUUAGCCUGGGAUUUUUCACCUGAACAACUUGAACAAUUAUUUGAUUGUUUUCGAGAAAGUUGGACAAAGGCGAGUAAAAAACAACGAGAAAAACUCCUUGAACUUAUUCGACGAUUAGCGGAAGAUGAUAAAGAAGGUCUUAUGGCUAAUAAAGUGCUAGAAUUAUUAUGGAAUAUUUCACAUGAUAAACUUUUUCCGAAUGAAAUUAUUGAUCAAGCUUUAGCAGCACAUUUGAAAAUUCUCGAUUAUAGUUGUUUACCAGAAAAAGAAAAAACAAAAUUAUCUUGGAUCGAUCGAAUGAUGGAAGAAGUUAAACAAGAUCAGCAUGUCAUUAUUUCACUAAAACAAAUGCGUGAAAUCUGUACACAAUUUUCUGAACAUGCCUACAUGCAUAACAUGUCACGUAUAUCUUAUCCAUUGAAUAGAAUCAGUCUUAUUGAUCGAUUAGAAGAAAAACAUAAAAUAACUCGUGUUAUUACCGAAAAUCUUUGUCAUUAUAUGGAAAAUACGAGAAAUUGCCGAGAAGAAACCAAAAAAAUCUUACCGCCGGAAGAUUAUUACCCCGAUGGUCGUUUUAAUCAUAGUCAGCAAAUCAAUGAACGUUUAGUUUUUCUCAAGUUUAUAUUAAAAGAAGGUCGAAUGAAUCUAUGUUUUGAUUUUACAAAAAUGCUUUGGAUAACUCUUGCUGAACAGCCAGUUUAUCCAUCUGAUCGUGAACAAUGUUUUCGUUGGUUUGCCGAAAUUAUUGAUGAAGUGGGUUUUGAUUUUAAAACAGGAAAAGAUUUCUUUCAAAAUCAUUUCAUGAAACUUGAACCUCAUCUACUUACUGAUCUUGGCAUGAAUUGUUUUGAUCGUUUUUUCAAAUCUGUCAAUGCUCAACUGAAUAAAUUUCUUCCGAAACGUCGUUCAAUGCGUCUAAUAAACGAUGAAGAUCUUGUCGGCAUUGAAUAUCUAUGGAAAUUAAUUUUGAAUGGUUCUGAUAUUGUUGCGAAUCGUGGCAUUCAAUUGAUUAAAGAGGUUUAUACAAACAUUAGUCCAUCGUUAAAAAAUGAUAUUAAACGUAUACAUCAAACAUUUCUUGGUGAAUGUUUUAAACGUUUACGUGUUGUUUAUGAUAAAAUAAAAUCGAAAACUACCCAAGCAACACAUCAACAAAUAAUUAAUUCAUUAAUACGAAUUCUUGUUGUAUUAAGAGAAUAUUUAGCUGAAUGCGAUUAUUCCUAUCAUAAAGAUAGACAUAGUUUACCAAUAUCAAGAGCAUUUCGAGGUCGACCGGUAAUAUUAGUUUUUCGUGUGAAUACUGGACAAAAUAGACAAACUGACGACUACGAAAGUCCAUCGCAUCUAAAUGAAACAUGGGGACAUAUUCGACGAAUGAUUUAUAAUCGAUACAAAACAAAUUAUGGUAUCCUCGAAUUAUAUCGAAACAAUGAACUAAUUUAUCCAGAAGAUGAUAAUAAAACAUUAGCACAGACCGAUGGACGUGAUAGAAUUACUAUCACUGCUCGUUGGGUUCAACAAACAACUCACAAUGUCUCAAGUGAUGAAAGCAGUUCAUCGGGAUCCGAAAUGAAUAAUAACAUUUCAUCAUCAGUAUCGUCGGCACAUCAUACUCGUAUUUUGGAUCCUAUUGAUAUCCAUGCUGAAAGUUCAUUGCCAUCUGUGAUAUUUUCUCAAAAACAUGAAUAUUAUCAAUUUCUCAUCGAAUUAUCCGAUAUGGGUUGUAAAGAAAAUAAUAUUCGUCUUCGAGAUACCGCACGUCAAAUUCUUGAUUUAGUUCCUGUCGAUCCUCAUGCAAAUGUUACAUUUAUUAAUUGCAUAGCACCUUCAAAACCCAAUUUAGAUGAAAAUAUGGCUCGUUUGAAAAACUACUAUUUUCCAUCAUCGCCAACUCAAAUGCUAUACAAUUUAAAAACAACAUUAGUUUUACUCGUACCAACUAUUCUAUUGAAUGACUCCAACGAAAUCGAAUCGAUGUAUGUACGAUUUCUUAAUACAGGCGGUUUAGUUUGUCUAUUGAGUAUUUUAACGCAAGAACAAAUCGCUGAUCAAUGUGAUAUGAAAACACGAAAAUCAAUUUAUUUAAUUAUAUUCAAUAUAAUUAAACGUGUUCUGGUUAUACUCGGAUUUUAUCAAUUAAAAAUAUCGAACGCAUCCAUUGAUAAUGAUUCAUUAGAUCAAAUCCUUAGUUCCAUGUCAACAGUUACUGUUGGAGAAAAUCAUACACCAAUACCACUCGAAAAGAAAAUUGCUCUAUUAUUAUUUAAACAUAUGAACGAUUUUCCAAUACCGAAAAAUUCCUUUUUACAAUAUAAUCAUAUUAUGGAUUUCAUACGUCUUAUUUGGUGUUUAGCAUCGAAUAAUAAACAAAUCUCAUUUGAUGUUAAUAUUAAAAACGAUUUUAAUGUUAUUCAUCAAACAUUUAAGCUAGAAAAUGUCAAUACAAAUGAUCAAUUGGUUAUCAACGAUUAUGCUGAAGAAGACAUCGAAAGUCAAUCAGCAUGUCGUGAAAUUUUAGAAUUAUUCUGUAUAUCAAUUGUUUUAGUGCCAACAAGUGUUCAACAAUUAUUAAAGGAGAAUUUUCUAGAAUAUUUUCUCAUGGAUCUCAUUCUCUAUUGUCAUUACUCAGCUAUACGUCAUACAGCAUCGGAACAAAUCCUUAUGUUAACAACACGUUGUUCUCAAGGACAAAGUGAAAAUCUAUUACAAUAUCUUAUUGAUAAACAAUUUCAAAUAUUUAAUAAACAUUCGAAUAAUUUAAAAAUCUAUUCAUCAUAUUCUUCCGAUUUCUUUCUAUUGUUAUGUCGUUUAUUAUCAUUUGCUUAUCAAAAUCAAAUUCUACCAUCAAAUACUGAUCAGCAAUUGCAUGAUGAAAUACUUUGGUUAAAAAAUCUUCAAUUGCCUGUCGACGAUCAUUUGCUUCGUGGUCAUUUAAAUUUAGCCAAAGAAUUAUUACAAUUUCAGCCAAGUGAACGAAAACGUUUCUAUGGAAUUGAUCAAUUAUUAGUUCAGCAAAUUAUGGAACAAUUUCUUUUUCCAGCAUCAACAUUACUCUAUCAACUUCGUUCAACUAAACGAAAGUCUGUUGUUUCAGAAAUAAAUGAUACUGAGAACAGUGAACUGAAAGAACCAUCGGCUCCGAUUUGUCAAACACCCAUAGCAAUAUCAGCUGCAUUUGAUUUAUUAGUUAUACUUGGAACUAAUUGUAUUGAUAAUGUAAAAUUAAUCGAUAAAUAUAUGACUGAUCUAUUUUAUUCAGCGCCUGAUUCAAAUUUACAUGAAUGGGACUUUUCUUUGCCCAUUGGUUCACGUCCAAACGGUGGUUUUGUCGGUUUAAAAAACGCUGGAGCAACAUGUUAUAUGAAUUCAGUUUUACAACAACUAUUUAUGAUUCAACCAUUACGUACAGCUUUAUUGUCUGCUAAAAUUCCACUGGAGUAUGGUGAUGAGGAGCCAGAGGACGACGAUCUACGUCGAGAUACAUAUGAUUCAUAUUCUGAUAUAAAAUCAUCUGCUAAAGGUAAAGAUAAUCAGACAACGGUGUCACCAGCAAAAGAUGUUGCAAACGACAGAAACGAAUAUAAUAUUCAAAUUCUUCGUCAAAUUCAACGAAUAUUUGGAUAUUUAUUAGAAUCGAAAUUACAAUUUUAUAUUCCAAGAGGAUUUUGGAAAAUAUUCAAAUUUGCUGGAGAACCUGUAAACUUACGUGAUCAACAAGAUUCUGUUGAAUUUUUAAAUACUGUCGUCGAUAGUGUCGAUGAAGCAUUAAAAACAUUAAAUUUGCCGCAAAUAUGUUCGAAAGUCUUGGGCGGAAAAUUUGCUGAUCAAAAAAUUUGUAAAGAUUGUCCACAUCGAUAUUCACGUGAAGAAGAUUUUACGUUGAUAAGUGUUGAUAUUCGUCAUAGUCAAAAUUUAAAAGAAUCUCUUGAACAAUAUGUCAUCGGAGAACUUCUCGAUGGACCUAAUGCGUAUCAUUGUGAAAAAUGCAACAAAAAGGUUGAUACAGUAAAACGAACAUGUUUUAAAAAAUUACCACCCGUUCUUGCUAUUCAACUUAAACGAUUUGAUUAUGAUUGGGAACGUGAAACGCCGAUUAAAUUUAAUGAUUAUUUUGAAUUUCCAAGAGAAUUGGACAUGGAACCAUACACUGUUCAAGGUCUUGCUAAAGCUGAAGGUACUUCUGUGAUUGAUGAAAAUACGACCGAUGAUCAAACUUCAACAAAUACUAAUAGUAAUGAUGGCACUUGUUAUAAACUUGUGGGUAUCAUUGUACAUAUGGGUCAAGCCAAUGGUGGCCAUUAUUAUUCAUUUAUACAACAUAAAAAUGAAUCCGAUUCACCCUUUAGUUCUAAUUGGUAUAAAUUUGAUGAUACAGAUGUCAGUGAAUGUAAAAUGGAUGACGAUGAGGAACUUCGAUCGCAAUGUUUUGGUGGUGAUAAUCCAGCAUCAUCAUUUGAUCAACCAGCUAUGAAACGACAACGACGUUGGUGGAACGCGUAUAUUCUAUUCUAUGAAAAAAUACAGACUGGUGCUGAAAAUUCGAUUGAGAAUUCAGAGAACGGCUUAGCACAGUUACAAUUAUAUGAUCAAACUCAGCGUAUGCCAAUCUCAGUUCAACGUAGUGUCCGAAAGCAAAAUAUCAAAUUUCUUCAUAAUCGAUUACUUUUCAGUUCCGAAUAUUUUAUGUUCAUGAAAAGGCUUGUACAAAAUAAUGUACAACAUUUACUUAGUAUUCUUCCACAAGCACAAAAUGACAAGAAAGAAUCUGUUACUAAUACAAUCGAAGAAUUAGCACUCAUUUGCGUUCAAAUAGCAACAAAAUUCAUUUUCUCAAUAGGAUGGCAUACAAAGAAAGCACUUCGUGGUCAAACUAAUGAAUGGACUGAAGCGAUAUCACAUUGUUUACGUCUAUCACGCAAAGCUCGAUACUAUUUAGCUAAUGAAGUUUUAGUUAAAUAUCCAAAUCGUUUUCAAGAAUAUUUAAUUGAUUGUACAUCAGCUGACAUCCGUAAUGCAUUUGGUCGAGUACUUGUCGCUUUGGCUAGAAAUUCGCGAGUAGACGACGAAGACGCUAAUCGAUUACCGGAUCAAAUAUUCAUCGAAGAAAGUAUUAUUGUUAAUGUUAUACGUUUACUUAAAAAAGAAAUGCUUGAUAAUGUUAAAAUGUUAACACAAUACUUUCAAUUUUUUAUUCUCUAUUCGUCACACGGAUGUUAUGAAUGUGAAAAAUUAAUUCGUUUGAAUGUCCCAACAUUUUUUGCUCAUAUGGCUUUCGAUGACUUACCAUCCACGUCAAUAACACGUUUUAAUGAACCAUCGAAAUUUUCUAUAAUACUUUCAACAUUGAUUCGUUGCUAUGAUGUGUCGGCAUUAUGCAAAACAAAACAAUCCAAUAAUGAACUUUUAUCCAAUCCAUUUAAUAUAUAUGACAAUAAUCCAAUAUGUCCAAUUCCUGAAGAAAUGAUUAAUAUUGUUUAUAAAAAUGAGAACUUUUUGAGACGACUUAUUGAAGAUAGUAGUACAUGCGAAGAAUUACAUGGUCUUAUUCGAUUUCUUGUUUGGGAAAAUCCAAAUGUUACCUGCGCUAUACUGCAUGAAAUGGUUGGAUCAUUCUCGAAACUUUAUGCAAACGACCUACGUAGUCAUCUUGAUAUAUUAUAUUUGGUGCUAUCAGUUGAAGAUUCAUGGCAAGAGGCUCGAAUUCUAUGUGUAUUAAAAGGCACUCCAAUAUCAAAUGAAAAACAGAUAAAUAAUGAAAACGCAUUACCGUCGACAACAUUAAAUAAAAAUCAGAAAAAUACUUGUCAAACUCUAUUUGAUAUAUUCUCAAAAUUGGAAUUAUCUUCUGAAAAACGAGCUUAUCAAUUAGUUAAAACACUCUAUCUAUUAUUUGCCAAAUGUGGAAGCGCAGUGAGCUUAUUACAAACAGAUCAAGAUGUCAAACGUCAUUGGAUACAUGUUGUUCGUUGGUUACGCGAUCAACUUGACGGACAAAAUCACAUUCCAUCAAAUCAUUCUUAUUAUCCAACUCAAGGACCAAUUGCAAGCAACGAUAUAUCCCAAGGAUAUUUUCUUGAACGAACGCAAAGUGCCCAAUCACUAUUAGAAAAAGCAUGGGAUUUAUGUUCGGAGAAAGAUUAUGAUGAGAUCGGUUCAAAUAGUGAUGAGUUUGAUGAAAACUAA